UUGUACAGAAAGCCCAUCAAGGAACACUUGUUAGGCCCAUUAGCCCAUUAAGUUCAGGAUAAAGAUAAGUGUUUUCGUCUCUCUAUGGACAGAAAAAAAUCAAGAACAAGAGGCAAAGUAUCUCUCAACUCAAGAAUCAAUAGGAAGCAGAAGAUGAAGAGAAUUCCUCGUAUCAAAUUUCCUCAGAGACAUUCUUCAUCUUCCUCUCCUUCUACUUCAUCAGGUUCUGGACCAGCGCAGGGAUCUGGUGCCGGCGGCAAGAGGAAUGUGACGGCGAGUUCAGAUGUCCCGGCGGCGCCGAAGAACAUUGCUGAUGGAGGGAAAGCAUCACUCCAGCCGAAACGCACUCCUGUUUCCGACAAGGAAAUCGAAUCCAUAAUGUUGGGAGGUUGCAUCUGACGUUUUAACGUUUGAAGAUUUGAUCAACACUUUGGGCUUCUGUCUUUUUCGGCUGGUGAACUUUUAUUAUAUGCUUUUUUUAAUGUAAAGAAAGAACUAAUAAUGUAAGAGAAUAUGAUGCUGUUUCUCGUUGUCAA